CUUCUCCUAAAAUUCUGGGGAAGAAGGACUCCUAAAUCUCUUCGUCCCCUUCUCCCUAAAGUUCUGGGGAAGAAGUAUUCCUAAUCUCUUCGUCCCCUUCUCCUUAAAGUUCUGGGGAAAAACCAUCACGCAGAGCUUGCGGAGAAAAAUGGAGGAGGCAUCUUCUUCGGUUGCGAACCAGCAUGGCCCCUUCCCUGUCGGCAUAAGGUUUGCUCCCAGCGACGAGGAGCUCAUCACAUACUAUCUCGCCUUGAAGCAGAAAGGAGCACCGCUUCCCAGCAACGCAGUCGUCGAUGUGGACAUCUACAAAUAUCAUCCACAGCGACUUGCAGAGAUGCACCAACAAGUCACCGAGAACGAGUGGUACUUCUUCACCCCGAGAGACCGCAAGUACACCAACGGAGAGCGGCCCAACCGUUCCACCGGGGAGGGGUACUGGAAAGCAACAGGCGCUGACCUAUCCAUCUACGACCGCCGGGACCGGAAGAUCGGCGUCAAGAAACACCUGGUUUAUCACGAGGGGAAGCAACCGGAUGGGAAGAAGACGAAGUGGAUGAUGACUGAGUACAGGACCCACGAUGGAUCCAAACCUAAAUCCAGUGCUAGAACUACAGCCAAGUGGUCCAAACUGUUGGACGAGUCCGUCCUAUGUAAGAUCUUCCGCAAGAAAUCAAAAGGAGAGGAGGAAGAGGAAGCCGUCUCAGCACUGUAAACUGCUGCCGAAUUUUACUGGAAUUAUUAGUAGAAAUCAAAUAUGGAAAUCUUAGGUUGAAUUUUGAUGGAAUAUUGAGUUU